AUGCCCGUGCUGGAUUCCAAUGCGACGGCGGCCAAAAGUGCCGACGAGGACGCAUUUGGUGCCUCGCUCUUCAAGAGGCAAGCCCUCCUCUGUGGUCCAGGAGAUCCGUGUCCGGAUGAGAGCUGUUGCGGCAUUGAAGGCAUCUGCGGCUAUGGUCCCCGAUUCUGUGGCUCGGGGAACUGCACGUCAAACUGCGGCGCCACCGCCAUGUGUGGCAUCUAUAGCGAGAAUGCCGACUGGUCGUGUGGCAUGAACCUCUGCUGCUCGGCGACAGGCUGGUGUGGUGUGAGUCAACCGUCCAACUUGUCUACCACCGAGGGACACUGUGGCAAUCCUGACCCCAACGGCCAGCUGCCCUGCCAGGAAGACUACGGCGGCUGCGAGAUCAUCCCCAACCCUUCGUGCGGCGUCGGCAGCGGCACAACAGCCGGCCGCAAGGUUGGCUACUACCAGGUGUCCAACGUGAGGAACAGGCUGUGCAACAAGGUCCGCCCCAGCCAGCUUAAGACAGAGGGCUUCACCCAUCUCUUCUGGUCCUUUGCCCGGUUCGACCCGCAAACCUUUGAGCUCCAGUUUGAGGACGCAAGUGAUGUAGAUAUUGUCGACGAGUUCACCGGCCUCCAGUCGCGCGGCCUCGAAACCUGGGUGGCCAUUGGCGGGUACGACUUUUCGGACCCCGGGCCCACGCGCACGGCAUGGAGUGACAUGGCAUCCACGUCCAGCAACCGCGCUGCUUUCAUCGCGUCCUUGAUCAGCUGGAUGGACAAGUAUGGCUUCCAGGGUGCCGACAUUGACUGGGAGUACCCUGCCGCCCCCAAACGCGGCGGUGAGAGAGCCGACACGGAGAACCUCGUCCACCUCGUCAAGGAGAUGCGUGCCGCCUUUGGGAGCAAGUAUGGCCUGUCCAUGGCGCUGGCCCCCGACUACUGGUACCUCCGCGGCUUCGACGCGGCCGCCAUGGAGUCCAGCCUCGACUUUUACGGCUUCAUGUCGUACGACCUGCACGGGCCCUGGGACUCGGACGUCGACACGCUGGGCGCCCUCGUGCGCGGCCAGACGGACAUUCGCGAGAUCGCCAACAACACCAAGCCACUGUGGUUCGCGGGCCUCGAUCCGGCCAAGAUCAACUUUGGCACCGCCUACUACGGCCGUGGCUACAAGCUCGCCGACGCCAGCUGCACCGACCUCCUGUGCCCCUUUUCCGGAUCGAGCGACCCGGGCCCGUGCACCAACUUUGGCGGCGUGCUGUCCCUCCGCGAGAUCGAAGGCAAGAUUGAAUCCGAGGGCAUCACGCCCAAGCUGCUCGAGGACGCCAUGAUGAAGCAGAUCGUCUGGGGCGACAACUGGGUCGGCUACGACGACGAGGAGACCAUUGCCAUGAAGGUCGCCUGGGCCGAGGGACAGUGCUUCGGCGGCACCAUGGUCUGGUCGAUCGACUUUGCCUCGGACGCCGAGGGGAGUGGCGACGCACCGCCC